AUGGAGCUCCAACAGAUUCCAGAAGGAAGUGACUACAAUUACAAGCGGACAGCCCAAGAAUUCAGAUUCCCAGUAGACCGGAAGAAAGGAGACGACUUGCGCAAUUUUCCAAUCGAGCGCACUCGCCUGCAAACGGUAUUCCCAGCAAUGGCCAUCGGCGUUGCGGCGUUCAUCCCAUAUGGCUGGGUCCUACAGCAAAGAAGCUUCCGUUUCGUUGCAUCCCUGAACUGCCUCAACACCCUUCUUGUCGACCUGUUCCCAGGCAAGCCCGCCACAGCUGCGUCGGCAUGCAACUUUGUUCGCUGCUGUCUUGGUGCUGUUGGGGCUGCUGUCAUUAGUCAGAUGUUGAGUGGCAUGGGGUGGGGAUGGUGUUUUGUUCUUCUGGGUUUGGUCAUGGAUGUUGGAAUGGUAUUGCUUUGGGUUGAGAAUAUUUAUGGGAUGGGUUGGAGACAGAAGAGGUUGCUCAAGAUCGAACGGAAGAAGGUGGAGAAGGAGGUGAGAGCCGCUGAGAUCCAGGUUGAGGGAAAGGAUGAUGGGAGGGAACAGAAGGAUACUAAUGUUGAUGUCGCUUUGCUGAUGCUGGUGUCACUGGAGGAACUGAUACUCGCCCAAACCAGUGAAGCAAGAGACGGGGGAGACGAUGGUUCUGCUAUUCCGAGGCGUCAGACUUUGUUUUUACUGCAUUCGAUUGUCUAUUAUGAGUACGGGAUUAACUUGAUGGAAAUGGAGAAAAUGGGAAUAUGCUACAUAGCACGAAUGAAGACAUCAAAUGCAUCAAAUUUGCUACCGACUGUACAAUAA